AUGCAUCAGGGCCAAAUCCCACAAGCGAACGACGAGGCAUCAGACAAAAAUGUAAUGAUACCAUUAGCCGAAGAUGGCGCCGUAGAGGUGGCGGCCCAGAAUGUCGAGGAGGCUGAAGUACCAGUCUCAAAGGGAGUAACGGAGUCACCUGAGUUGGACGACAUCGAAUAUCGUUACUUGACGUUCGAAACAGAUAUCCCGCUGACGCCGGUCCUUCCACACGAUAACAAGGCUGAGAUGCCACCAUGCCCAAACCUGAAGGACUACGACAACCCUCUCGCAUGGUCGCUGACACGGAAGAAACUCAUGACAUAUCUGUCGUGCUCGGUGAACAUUGCAGCUGCCUAUUCUGCGGGAUCUUAUGCCUCGCCAACACUCCAACUGACUAGGAAAUGGGGCAUCUCUGCCGUGGCAUACAAGACGGGCAUCACUAUCUUCACAGUAGGGUUCGGAAUUGCCCCGAUGGUACUGGCCCCCUUUUCGGAAAUCAAUGGACGGAGGCCUGUCUUCGUUGUCACCGGCCUCCUUUUCGUUAUAUGUCAGAUAUGCUGCGCGGUGACAGACUCAUUUGCGGGUAUGCUGUUGGCCAGAUUAUUUCUCGGGUUCGGAGGAUCUACCUUUUCAACCAUGGUCGGUGGCAUCUUGGCGGAUAUCUGGGUUACCGCGGAUCGUAACUGGGCGAUGGUACUCUUCACUGGCGCCACGCUUUUUGGAACCGGUCUCGGCCCCUUGGUGAGCGGCUUCGUGGCGCAGCGCCUCCUGUGGCGGUGGGUUUUCUGGAUCCAGGUCAUGACCAGCGGCACGCUGGUAGCGUUGGUGACGGUAUUCUUCAAAGAGACUCGCGGCAGCAUAAUCCUCAGUCGUAAGGCCAAGAUGCUUAACAAGUGGUACGCCAAACUUGAAGAAGCUGGAGCUCUCGGCAUGGAGGUAGACUGCACAGACCCGGAGAAAGCGAUGAACAGAACAUGCCGCGUCCGAUGGAAGGUCAAAGCAGAUGAAGAGAGAGCCUCGCUCGGCAAGAUGAUCGUCGUCUCGCUGUACAGGCCGAUAACAAUGUUGUUCACCGAGCCUGUCGUUUUCUGGUUCAGUCUCUGGAUUGCAUUCUCGUGGGCCGUGCUUUAUCUACAGUUUGGAUCUAUCCCACUCGUCUUCGAAGUCAACUAUGGGUUUACUCUCGAGCACACUGGGCUGGUAUUCAUAUCAAUGUGUGUCGGAGCGAUCAUGUCCACCAUUCUGAGCAUCUGGCAGGAAAGAUGGGCUGCUAAGCAUUACCCUGCGAAAGUCAACGGUAGUCCGGAGGGACGGCUCAUGUUCACCUGCAUCGAAUCGGCACUGAUGCCUAUUGGACUGUUCUGGUUCGGGUGGACAUGCUAUCCGUCCAUCCAUUGGAUUGUUCCAACCAUCGCUGUGGGAGUGGCGACCAUGGGCAUCUUCAGCAUCUUCUUGGCCACUUUCAACUAUACCGCCGAUUGCUACCAUAUCUAUGCAAGCUCAGCGUUGGCUGCCUCGGGGUUGUGCCGGAACUUGCUAGGCGGUUCAUUCCCACUAGUGACGAAUCAACUGUUCACGAACUUGGGGUUUCAGGCGGCAAGCAGUCUGCUGGGUGGCAUCGGCUUGGCUCUGACCCUGGUACCUUGGGUGCUGGUGCUUUACGGGCCGAAGAUCCGAGCCAGGAGUAAGAUCGCGAGUUCUUUUACAUGA